AUGAAUGGGGUUUUGAACUACGAAGGGGUCCCAAAACCAUUGCUUGCAGUGCAAGUAACUGAGCUCAUUGAUGGCAUUUUCGUAGGUUGCACUAUGAACCACUGUGUUGUUGAUGGAUCAUCAUUCUGGCACUUCUUCAACACUUGGUCUGAGAUCUCUCGUUCCGGCUCUGAUGAAAAUUUUCAACCCCCUCCUGUUUUCGAUCGUCAAUUUCUUGACGGUGUAUUUGAUCUUCCAAUUCACAUACGCUUCUCAUACAGUAAAAUACCGGAUAAGCUUAAUCCUCCCAUUUCAUUAAAUUAUUUGCAAGGGGUAUUUCAUUUUUCCAAGGAGAAAACUGCACAGCUCAAAUCCAAGGCCAAUGCUGAGAUGGGUACUCAUAACAUCUCAUCCCUUCAAGCACUCAUAGCUCAUCUUUGGCGAGCCGUAACACGUGCCAGUCAUCUCAACCUUGAUCAGGAGAUUAUCUACAAGAUUUCAGUAGGAUUGAGGCAAAAAUUGAAACCUCCAUUGCCCAAAGAGUACCUUGGAAAUGCGCUUCAAGGAGUUCAUGUGAAGUCCACUGCAGGGGAGCUUUUACAACAUGAACUAGGCUGGGCGGCUUUGCAUAUAAACAAAACGAUAGCUUCCUUGACAGCUGAACAAGAGGUCUUGGAGGAUUGGGCAAAAACCCCUACAGUAAGUUCAAAAUUGAGGGAAAACAUCCCAACAAGUACUACUAGUAGCACUUUUUCAUUGCUCACAGGAAGCUCGCCGCAGUUCAAUGUGCAUGGUAAUGAUUUUAGGUGGGGAAGACCGGUUGCUGUACAAAGCGGAUCUGCGAACAAAAUGAACGAGGAUGCAGAGUUCACGGAGGCUGUGCUCGCAUGA